GUCGUGAGUACCAGUUGAAAGAACUUACUCGUUGACAAAAUGCGUUUUUUCGUCGCCCUGUUGUGUGCCGUCUUGGUGGCAUCGGCCUCUGGCCAAGGCUCUGUGAGGGGAAGAAAAGCCCGUUCCGCUCAAAUCAAGCUGGCGGUGCAGCCGCUGGAGCCGCUGGUGCCGCUGGAGUUUGGGCCCCAGUUGGCCGUGGAGCCACAGUUGGCAGUUGAGCCUGCUCUGUACAUCAAAAAUCCCCGCAUUGUUCCAGCAGUUCUGCCCGUAGCGGACCCCAACGAAUUCCUGCCCCAGGCAUCGGCUGGCAAGCGUCGCGUCCUGCCCUUCGGAGACUAUUCUGGCUACUGGCCCGACUACGGUGCACCUGCUGACAACUGGUACGGCUGGAACUCAGCUCCUCGCUACUGGAACUCAGGUCCUCGCAGCUGGAUGGGCUACUCUCGCUCGUCUUCCUAUUGGCCCAGGCGCAGGCUGGUCAAGCCCGCGGCUAACAGCAUCCCUGAAGAUGAAGACAAUGCCGAUGUGGACGUCGAUGAUUCCAUCGUUUCCGAUGUAGAGCCCGUUCCCGUUCCCGAAGUUGCUGUCAAUCCAGAGGAGCCCGCCAUUCCUGAUGUCGCUGUUCUUCCUGAGGAGCUGGCCGAUCCCGUAGUGUCUGCCCAGGUGAUCAGCUAAAUUUAUUUUUGAAAUAAAUAUUAUAUAAAGCAAAGGUAA